AUGAACCCCGAGGAAGAUGAUUUGGAUGUUGAUCAAGAUGUUGCGAACCAAGAAGGUUAUCCCGAUGACGUCUCUGACGAGUACGAAGAAGAAAUGUACGAGGAACGGUUCGAGGGUGAUAGACAAAGCUAUGAAGGGUCCGAAGAUGACGCAGAAGGUGAAUACUAUUCAGAUGAGGAAGACUACACGGAUGAUGAAGAAAAUGAAGAAGAAGAAGAAGCACAAACUCACCCUCCUGCUGCCCCUAUUGCCCGAGAGCCUGUUUUUAUCGACCUGCUGUCAGAUUCCGAAGACGAGGAUGAACCAGCGCCCCAGGAAGAGCCAGAAGCAACACUCAAGGAAGAUUCCAAGGAAGAGCUCAGGGAAGAGGUAGAGCACGAGUCUGAAGAGCAUGAUUCUCGCUCUGAAGAUGAAGAUGAGGCAAAAGCGAACCCAGAGAAUGUAGAAGAGAAGAAGUUCUCACCAGUGCCUGAGGAAAGGGGGGAAGCUGAAGAUCUCGAGGCAGAUGAGGAAAUGGUCGAACAAGCUCAAUCUCCGCCCAAACCCGCAGAGGAGCCAUCAACGCUGACCACAGAGGAGACGGGUGAGGAUACCGAGACGAAACACAUUGCGGAAGAAACUGCUCAGAUGGAGAAAACAUCAGUUCCUACAUUUCCUGCUCCGAAGGAUUCGAGUCCGGACCAAGAUGAAGCUGCUGAGGUACCCAUGGCAUCCGAGGAAAUCAAAGACGGCGAGGGCCCAUCGCAUAUUCAGGAGUCGGCUGAAAACCAAGAGCCUUCUGCAGCAUCAUAUGAUGUCGAGAUGGACGCAUCCACACUCACGGAGGUAUCUGAUAAACCCGAUGAUGGGGCCAUUGCCCCUGAAGACACUACAAGGAUGGACUCGCCUGAUGAGACAUCGCCUGCAGUGGUUGAGGAAGCUGGCGAAGCGAUGGACGUUGACGCACUACUUGACGCACCCCAAGAAGAUGCUGCCAAGCCAAAUGAGACUGACAACGUCGAGGUCACUGAGAACAGUGUUGUUGUCAGCGAGGAGGUACAAACCACGAUCACGGAUGCUCAAGAAGACACAUCGACAAGUCUUCAGGUCACAGCGGCUCAGGAAGAAUCUCUCACACUACCGCAAAAGACCUCGAAAAACAAUGCAGAGCCGUCAAACAUCGAGUCAGCCGAGGAUUCAUCUGGCGAAAGCGAUGCGGAAGCUGGUGAAGCACAAGAAUUUCAUGAUGCCGUGAUGCAGGACGCGCCGUCCGAAGAUGUCUUGGGAAAACCAACCACCGAUGCAGCCGUAGCAGAAGAUGCUGUAGGACACCCUGCAAAGGACGGUCAAAUUUCGCCUCCGCCAACUCAAAUCCCUCAAGCGCAAACCUUACAAGAAGACAACAUCACUAUCUCGGUCCAUGAGCACGACCAACUUCUUCCCACUCCUGGCGAAACCCAAGUGAUAGAAGUUGAGAUGUCUGACACACUACAAACUGUCACAUACGACAAUCAGGCCGACGAAGAGGAUGCAAACCCAGAAGAUCAGAUAAUGGCUGAGAUACUGCAGCAUUCUCCAGUCAAACAGGAUAUCCACCUUCCGAAGGAGUCUAUCGCAUUUUCUCCCGCUGCCUCACAAACUGAACUGUCUGCUCCGACUGAGCAGGUCGAUGAGACGCAUGAACGAGCUGCUUCACAAUCUGAGUCGGUGCCCGAGAGUGCUGUUGGCAAAUCAUUACGGCCCCGACGCUAUAAGCCAAGCAGAGCAUCUGAUGACAACGAUCGAGGGGACCCCAGUAUGGCGCUGAUAGCAGCUACGCCAGCAACGGGGCCCACGGACAGUGGUAGCAAGCACAGUAGCCCAGCCCCAGCCCCAGCCGGACCAAGCAGCAAAACUCGCAGCAAGACCCACGAUGAUCCCAGCAUUCAGUUGGCGGGUGGUUUAGAGCAAGCAGAGACAAAGAAUAAACCCUAUUGCUCGCGAAAGGGUCAAGCCCUUCAGCCCGGCAGACACGACGUCACAAGACGCCAGAUCUGA